AUGGGAGCUUCACAAACACGAAUAGAGUUUAUUGACAAUAUUUAUAAAAUGAAUAGACUUGAUCCUCAAAAAGAUAAAUUAGUUUUGAAAAAUUUAUUAAAUUAUCAAAAAUAUAUGAGAAGAGACUAUAAUUUUGAAUUUAAUCAUUUAGCAUCUUUAUAUUUCAUUGAUAAAAAGAAAGAAGGUUAUUUUAAUAGAGAAGAUUUAUUAGAAUUUACUGGAAUGUUUGUCCAAUUUAAAAUUAAGAAUGAAUAUGAUUAUCUUAGAAAGUUUCAAGCAUAUGCUUCAACAGAAUUUUGGAAAACUUUACAAGAAUCUCAAGGUCAGUAUCAAAUUACUGAAUGGAUGUUAAGAUUAUUUAAAGAAAGUCGUGGUAUUAAAAUGUUUAGUGGGUCAAAAGAAGUAUUUUUUACUUCAGCUAAUAUUAAAGAAAUAUAUCAAGUACUUCGUGUAGAAGAUUUUAGUGGAUCUACUGUUGAUGAAUUUAUGAGACUCUUCCAAAAAGUUGCUGAAGAUUCGGUUUGUUUUUAUUAUUUUAUUAUUUCUAUUAUAACAUUUAUUCUCUUACGUGUUUUAGGGACAAAUAGAAUUAGGAGAUUCUCAAUUUGA